UGUAUAAUUAUGUGUGUAAUAUUGUUUUGAUGUCUUUGUUGCAGGUGGAACGUGUUGGACGGCCAUGGCGAAAAACGGAAGAUGCUUGGAGGCAUUAAAUAACAGCACCAGAGAAGAAUGUUGCGCUAAUUUCGGUGUCGCAACUGCUUGGUCCAAGGAAGUGCUCGGCGCCGGAGCACUUUUCUUCUGGAGGGUUUUAGGAGGAGGAGUACCAUGUUCACCAUGUAAAGAUACUUGCGACGACGUGGAUUGCGGCAAAGACAAAGUAUGCGUGGUGAAGGGUGGCAGACCCAGAUGCGUCUGCUCUCCGAAGUGCGGUCGUUCCGAUCCCAACGGCAAGAGAUAUACGAAGGGUCCGGUCUGCGGCACCGACGGUCGAUCCUACAAGAACUCCUGCAGGCUGAGGAAGCGCUCAUGCAGACUUCGAAACACCAACCUAGCGAUCGCCUACCAUGGCACAUGCCAAAGUCAGUGAACAACAAAACCAAUAACGACCACAGAAAUACACCUAAUCAUUACAGAGUAACAAUUUAAGCAGCCAGAAACAAUUACCACCUUUCCAACUCCUAGAGUACCAAACUACACUACCAAAACAACUGCUAGUGUUUUAGAUAUCUUGAUUUACUUUUGUUAAUAUAUGGCGGAAAUCUAUCAACAAAUAUUUCAAC